GCAGCGCCGGGAGAACGGGCCGGGGCAGGGACUGUCACUGGGGCCGUGCCUCGGGGUUACACUGAGGGAGCAGCAGCAGGAGAGGCCCGUGGUGGUGUGCGAUGGGGACGGGCUGGAGCAGCCUGAGGAGAAGGACUUGGGGUGUUGGGAACUGAAAGGCUUCAACUCGCUGGAUGAUCUUCUCCUUGUCAAAGGCAUCACCACCCGCAUCUUGGAGCUCAACAGCCAGCGGAUGACUUGCAGGAGGAGACCAAGCAGCGAGGAAGAGGCGAGAGUGAGCCCUGGUCUGCAGGGGGACAACAAAGCUCCUGUGCCUCAGGUGGGGGCUGAGGAGGAGGCGGCGGGUGCGGGCGCCUGGGAGCCGGAGCGCGCCGGGAGCGGGGGCGCCGGGCCCGGGCUGGAGGCCGAUGUCUCUGGUGGGCGGCGGGCACAGGAGCCGCUCAGCUCCACAGGCUGCGGAGAGCAGGAGGAGGAUGAGGAGGAAGAGGAUGAAGAAGGGAGCUGCUACAGCGAGGAAGGGGAGGAUGGUGGCAACGUCUACUUCUACUACACCAUUGGCGAGCGCUGGAUCGACUACCUGCAGCGGACGGAGGAUGGCGGCCUCCUCCGGCACGUGCGGCCCAAGAUGAAGAGAAAGUCAGAGAACGGUCUCGAUGGCAGAGCCCUGUCCCCGGGCAAGAAGCUGCGCAAGGGCUCUGAAUACAGCAGGACGCUGGGUCCCUGCACUCCCAGUCCCACCACCACCUUUGGGGACCUGCGCAACGCCAAGGCAGGCCCGGCCCGGCGCCGCCGCAUCCCCUCGGUGGCCCCCCCGCCCGAGCUGCAGGACUGGCUCCGCACCUUCCAGCGGUGGAGCGGCCCAGAGAAGCUGCUUGCCCUGGAUGAGCUCAUCGACCGCUGCGAGCCCUCCCAGAUCAAGUACAUGAUGCAGGUCAUUGAGCCACAGUUCCAGAGAGACUUUAUUUCCCUGCUGCCCAAGGAGCUGGCACUCUACGUCCUCUCCUUUCUGGAGCCUCGGGACCUGCUCCGUGCUGCCCAGACCUGUCGCUACUGGAGGGUCUUGGCUGAAGACAACCUGCUGUGGAGAGAGAAGUGCCGUGAGGAAGGCAUCGAGGAGCCCCUGAACCUGCGGAAGCGGCGCCUGCUCAGCCCUGGCUUCAUGUACAGCCCCUGGAAAUUCGCCUUCAUGCGGCAGCACAAGAUUGACAUGAACUGGCGCAGCGGGGAGCUCCGAGCCCCCAAGGUGCUGAAGGGACACGACGACCAUGUCAUCACCUGCCUGCAGUUCUGCGGCAACCGCAUCGUCAGUGGCUCUGACGACAACACGCUCAAAGUGUGGUCGGCUGUGACAGGGGAGUGCGUGCAGACGCUGGUGGGCCACACCGGCGGCGUGUGGUCGUCACAGAUGAGGGACAGCGUCGUCAUCAGCGGCUCCACGGACCGGACCCUCAAAGUGUGGAAUGCGGACACAGGCGAGUGCGUGCACACGCUGUACGGGCACACGUCCACCGUGCGCUGCAUGCACCUGCACGGCAACAGGGUGGUGAGCGGCUCUCGGGACGCGACGCUGCGCCUCUGGGACAUCGAGACGGGGCAGUGCCUGCACGUGCUCAUGGGGCACGUGGCCGCUGUGCGCUGCGUGCAGUACGACGGGCACAAGGUGGUGAGUGGUGCCUACGACUACACGGUGAAGGUGUGGGACCCCGAGAGCGAGAGCUGCACCCACACGCUGCAGGGGCACACGAACCGCGUCUACUCCCUGCAGUUCGAUGGGACACACAUCGUGAGCGGCUCCCUGGACACAUCCAUCCGCGUGUGGGACGUGGAGAGCGGGAACUGUCUGCACACCCUCAUGGGGCACCAGUCGCUCACCAGCGGCAUGGAACUGCGGGACAACAUCCUCGUGUCUGGCAACGCCGACUCCACCGUCAAGAUCUGGGACAUCAAGACAGGCCAGUGCCUGCAGACGCUGCAGGGGCCCAGCAAGCACCAGAGCGCCGUGACCUGCCUGCAGUUCAGCUCCAAGUUCGUGGUGACCAGCUCCGACGACGGCACCGUCAAGCUCUGGGACCUGAAGACGGGCGAGUUCGUGCGCAACCUGGUGGCGCUGGAGAGCGGCGGCAGCGGCGGCGUCGUGUGGCGCAUCCGCGCCUCCAACACGAAGCUGGUGUGUGCCGUGGGCAGCCGCAACGGCACCGAGGAGACCAAGCUGCUGGUGCUGGACUUCGAUGUGGACCUCAAGUGAGCCCGGGCAGGCCGGGCCGGCGCCGGAGCCCGCGGGCUGGGCCGGGGCCGGGCCGGUGCCGGUGGGGCGGGCCCCGCGCAGGCACCUCCCGCCUGAGCCCCCGGGGCGUUAUUUAUAUGUGUGGAGGCCGCGGGGGGGCAGCAGCAUGUUUUGUACACACUAAUAUAUCGAUUUAUUUCUGUA